GUGUGAGAGACGCGGCGCGGCUCGGUGCCAGUAGUGUGUAGAAUACGGAGUUUGUCGUUUGUGUACCCGCAUAUAUACCUCAACGAUUGAGUGACUUACGAGUACGUUGCCGUGGUGGGGGUCACCGAGCAGGUGUUGUCAGCUGCGUGGUGAGUGUUGGAGGCACACCACUUUGGGGCUGCUGCGAGGAGGGUUCUUGCCUAUUGGAGUUAAAGUGCUGUUUUUUAUUUUUUUCUACCUCGGAAGUUGACUUGAAAAUUGCAGUGACUUGAAGAACUCAGAACCCUCAAAUGUUAAAGCACAGAAAGAAUAGCUUGUAGCCACUGGAACACUACAAGCUCCUCGCCUCUCAAGAUCGACAUAUUCUGGGUAUGACAACCAAGAACGAGAAUCACCUUAGCGACACUCCCCACGAUGACACUCAAGGUUCUUCUCAGAGUUCAGCCUCCAGCUCGGCCACUGAGGGGAGGAUCAAUCAAACACCGUUGGCUGCGUCUGCUGGCCGCCGACCUGCACACACUAUGGACACUGCUUCGAGCAUUCACAAAAGACCCAGGCUAGAAAUUUCAAAAGGCAACGACGAAGCAAGCAGUGAGGAAGGUGACGGAGUGAAGGUGCAAAUGUCCUUCACGUACAUACCUGUGGAUGAUAACACGAAGCUUUAUUCGAAGCCACCCAUGGAAGACCCUGAGGAUGAGAGGAGGAGGAGGAACGCAGUUACUGCCUGGAGGAACCGCGUCCGUAAGAAAAGGCAAUAUGAGGAACUGCAGACGACAGUGAACACUCUUGAAGAGGCCAACAAGAAACUGCAUGACGCUAACCAGCAACUGGAGGAGGACCUCAGAGCACUGGGCGAGGAAAUGGGUCGCGAACAUAGCAUUCUGACACAACUUCAGUCAGAAAAAUGUUCCUUGCAGAUUUUGAUUCAGACUCAGCAAGAAAAACUUACUUUCAUCCGGGAACACUUGAAGCUCAUCAACAGUUGUAGUGAAGAGGACAGCCCGGUUCAAAAGUUCCUCACAGCAUUACUGAACAACAUGAAUUCCUCCUCACCCAUACCCUUCGCCCCUCCAUCACUCGCUGCUGCCUCGCUGCCCCAUGAUUCCUCGCACAUGCCAACACUUUCUCCACCCACCACUUCCCCUCCCUGCACUACCUCCCCCCGUCUCACCACCUCGCCCCUUCACGUCAUCAUGCCGCUCCACGCUCAAAUUCCCAGGUCAACUACUGCCUCACAUUACCCGCGAAACAACAUCGAUUCUCCAGCACACGAAGCCGAAUAGAAUGUACAGAUUGUAUUUUAUAUAUAUAUAUAUAUAU